GUUUCUUGCAGGAGGAUCUGACUUGUAGGAUGCAGGGAUGUGCAGUGCCCGAAACACGACCCAAAAUGUGCCAUGUGCCUAUGCAUGUGUACAAAUACAGUCUAAUGCACUCAUUCGUGGCCUGAAGCGUGGGGCACCGUAAACGAAGUUCUGUAUUACAUUUUGACCUCAUUAGCUUGUGACUGCGUAGAAGAUUAACAUGUUGGCUAGGAGCAGGACUCUUCUCAACAAGGCGUUGAAGCCUCGUCUGCAUGUCCGCUGGUCAUCAUAUGAAGGCGACGGAAAGACGACGGUUUCUGUACUCAACAAAGAGAGGAUUGACAUGUUACUUGUGGACUCGUAUUCAACCGCUGGGUUCCGCCUAAACAACGGCUUGUUUGUUGUUGGUCCGAUCGCUCUUUUCCCGAGAAGUGUCCUGCAGUGGCGAGUGAAGUCUUCGUACGACAUCAUUGAAGAAUCAUUCUCGUUGUUCACCUUGCUUGAACCGAAGCUUGACGUUUUGGUUAUAGGCCUUGGUGACAGCGGUGAAACGUUAGACAUGAAGGUGGUACAACACCUUAAAAAAAAGAAAAUCGCCGUCGAAAUGCAUCCUACGGCCAUCGCAUGCUCAACAUUCAAUUUUCUUAACGUGGAAGACAGAAAUGUGGCUGCCGCGAUGAUACCUCCUUGUCAUAUCACAAGUGGAGCCGAAUUUUACUUGGAGGCGGGAAGAGACCGAAGAGCUGUUUUGGCUGCUGACUAGAAAACAUAGUUCCACAGUGUCUGCCCCUGUAAGUGAUUAUUAGUUCAAUUUUAAAGGCGUAAUUAGUAGCCUGCGAUUCUCAAUAGAGAAAUAAAAGUAAAAUUUAAUAAGUA